GUGUCCAAAUAGUAGCAUAUCACCCCUGCUCCACAUUGACACACAAUGCAACAUCCUACCCAAUAACUUCAAAUCUGAUCAUUCAUUUUACUUGUGCUGCUCCGAGAGAGUCAAACCACAUCCAGAAUGCCUGUGGACUACAGUGGAACAUGGGACAUGGUCAGCAAUGUCAACUUUGAGGGAUACAUGGUUUCACUUAACAUUGAUUUUGCAACACGAAAGAUUGCCUCGAUGUUGAAGCCCCAGAAAGUGAUUACUCAAGAUGGAGACAGUUUCACAAUAAAGACAUUCACCACUUUCAGAAACUAUGAGUCCUCUUUCAAAAUUGGACAAGAGUUCAUUGAAGUGACCAAAGGAAUGGACAACAGGUCAUGUCAGACUGUGGUGAACUGGGAAGAUGAUAAGCUGGUGUGUGUUCAGAGAGGAGAGAAGAAGAACCGAGGGUGGAUUCACUGGAUUCAGGGAGAUGAUCUUCAUCUGGAACUCACUUGUGAAGAUCAAGUCUGCAAGCAAAUUUACAAAAGGACUCAGUAGUCUUGUUGUUGGGUUCAAAGGCGCUUCAUGACAUGAGCAAAGACUAGCCACAUUAUGUAUUGUCUUUACAUUAUGAAGGGCAUGCAAUUUGAAUGCGAGUCAUGUAAUGCUGUCUAUAGAAAGCAGAUCCAUGUUAAGGCUCUGCUGCCAAAUUCUGAAAAUCCAAAGGAGAUUAACAAAAACCACACAAACAACAAAAAAAAUAUUUUGACAAGUUCAACUGUUCAAUUUCAGAUUUAAAGUGCAAAAUGACAUAAGGAGAAAUACUCAAAGAAGAAGAUGACUGCCCAGCUAGUAAUGUUCUGUUCUAAAAACAUUCUGUUAAUUUUACAGAGAAUGUUACUGUAAUGUUUUCAGCGGGCAGUAUACUUUGUGUUCAAAUUAUGUUCUCUAGUAACAUUCUCUAAAAACAUUCAUAAAAUGUUUGGUAAACAUUCAUAAAACGUUAAGUUGCAACAGUGCCCUUAUGUUCUUGAAACAUUCUCAGCGGGAAGUUUUCUUUAUGUUCACAAUUUGUUCUCAGAUAACGUACUCUAAAAACAUUCGAUAAUCUGUGACCCAAAAAUUGUUAUCAAAACAUCCUUUUAAUGUUAAAGAUAAAAAAUGCUGUCUUUGUGCUAAUUAAAUAUCACCAGAAUGCUUAAAUAAAACAUUUUCAGGAUUUGAGGCAUCAGAAACAUCCUGAAAAUAUUUUUUACA